GGCAGCGGUGGUGUGGGCCGAGCCGCGCUAUGGGCAUUCAGGGGCUGCUGCAGUUCAUCAAGGAGGCCGCGGAGCCCGGCCACGUGAAGAAGUACCGCGGGCAGGCGGUGGCGGUGGACGCGUACUGCUGGCUGCACAAAGGCUCCUAUGGCUGCGCAGAGAAGCUGGCCAGGGGAGAGCCGACGGACCAUUAUGUAGCUUUCUGCAUGAAACUUGUUGAUAUGCUCCUCUCAUUCGGAAUUAAACCGAUUUUGGUAUUUGAUGGAUGCACCCUACCUUCUAAAAAGGAAGUAGAGAAGGCCCGAAGAGAGAAGCGACAAGCCAAUCUUCUGAAAGGAAAGCAGUUGUUUCGGGAAGGGAAAUUUUCAGAAGCAAGGGACUGUUUUGCUCGCAGUGUGAAUGUUACACAUGCUAUGGCUCACGAAGUCAUUAAAGCUGCACGAGCCCGAGGAGUUGAUUGUAUUGUUGCUCCCUAUGAAGCUGAUGCUCAGUUGGCUUACCUUAAUAAGACUGGUGUGGUUCAGGCCAUCAUUACAGAAGAUUCUGAUCUUUUAGCUUUUGGAUGUAAAAAGGUGUUUUUGAAAAUUGACAAAUUUGGAAAUGGAUUGGAGAUAGAUCAAGCUCGGCUAGGAAACUGCAAGCACCUCGGAAAUAUAUUCACUGAAGAGAAGUUCCGUUAUAUGUGUAUUCUGUCUGGUUGUGACUACCUCUCAUCAAUCCAUGGAAUUGGGUUAGCUAAAGCAUGCAAGUUACUAAAAUUAGCUAACAAUCCAGAUAUUAUAAAGGUUAUUAAGAAAAUGGGGCACUACUUGAAGAUGAAUAUAACUGUAUCAGAAGAAUACAUACAGGGUUUCACACGAGCCAAUAAUACAUUCCUUUAUCAGUUGGUUUUUGAUCCCAUCAAGAGAAAACUAGUUCCUCUGAAUGAUUAUGCUGAUGAUAUUGAUCCAGAAACGCUAAUUUAUGCAGGACGACACUUUGGAGAUAGUACUGGUUUUCAAAUUGCCCUUGGGAACAUUGAUAUUGAUACGAUGGAACAAAUUGAUAACUAUAACCCUGAUACUGCACAGCCUACACAGCAAAGAAGCCAUGGCUGGAAUGACAAACGUGCUAAUCAUGUAAAUAGUAUUUGGAGCAAAGACUACAAGCUUGGCCCUAGUACAGAUGAUGUUCCUCAUACAACUCACUUACCAGAGAAAUCAACAACGAAAGGCAUUGAGAAGAUAAUCAGUAUCAAAGGGUUAAAUCUUCCAGGCAAAGAGCUCUUUGCAAAAAGACAAAGGAGUGAUUUAGAAGAACUCUCAGAUGGAGAUCUGUUGAAUCAAUAUUCAUUUUCGAAAGCGAAAAAAUUCAAGGAGAGUGGUGAAGAUGGUCAAUCACAGAAGAGCAUUUCUGCAAUAGAAAACAUUGAUUCUUCAGGGAAUUCUGUUAUUAAAGAAAGCUCUAACUCUCUGCCCAGAGUUAGAAAUAAAUUUGCUUCCUUUCUGCAAAGGAAAAACAAACAGACAGAUGCUGUGAUUGUUCCAGGAACAAGAAGCAGAUUUUUCUGCAAUGAUGCAGAUAUGUUUGGUUUUAAAGGAAAGGAUGAGAGUGAUAUAAUUCAAGAUGUUGAGGAGGAUUGCAAGCAACAGGAGGUAGAACAUGUAGCUGAAGAUGAAUCUCCAUUUUUAGAAACUGAAAAAACAAAGACUGUCUCAUCAGUUCCUGGAGAAAGACCAAGAAGUUGCUUCCAGUGGCUUAGCAUCCUUGGAAAUCAUUCAGGAAAUCCUGGUCCAUCUCAUACUGUAUUCUCACAGCAGUUUCACCAACAGAGAAGCAGCUGUAUGGCAUCUCAGGAAGAUAACAGUAAUGGGGUACAAGCAGAGACUGAAGCCAUGUGUGGUGAAUCAGAUGAAGAAUCCUCUCCCUUAAUAGAACCACAGUGUUUCUCCCAGUCUCAAAAGUCUUUUGAGCCACCAGAAUGCAGGUUGGAGUCUUCAAAAAUACUACAGGAAUCUGACUCCAAUUUAAGACUGUUUGAUAACCAAUGUACUCAGAGGUCUCCAGUAUUUUCUGCUGUUCGAACUGACAGAAAGAAUAUGGUAGCAAAGAUCAAGGUUCCUGGUUUACGCAAAUCCAGUUCUGUGGGGUCGCAUAUUGUGACAAAACUGAAGCCAUUGAUACCAGCUAAAGCAAGUGGAUUAAGUAAGAAACUGUCUCCUGUGCAGAAAAGGAAUCACUGCGAUGCUGAAAAUAAGUUGGGACUACAAGCCACCAUUGGUGAACUCUGGAGAAACUUCCAGUUUAAAAGAGACUAUGAAAAGCUCCCUUCUUGUAAAAAGUCAGACCCGCUGUCUCCAAUCAAAGAUAAUAUUCAGCUCACUCCAGAAACAGAAGAAGAAAUCUUCAAUCACCUUGAACGCACUCAAGUUCAGAGAGCUAUAUUCCAAUGAACUGUAUGCUGUGCAAUAGAAUGCAUUUUUAUCACUGUCAAAAUUUCUUUCGGACCUCAUCAGUAUAGAAAAGAUACUUUGAAAAUUAGCUGUACGUUUUAGUCUGAUUACUGAUUUCUCAUCUCGUUUUAUAAAAAGUGAGUUGAAAGGUACAGUUUAAUACUGACUGAAAUAAAACCUUCAG